AUGGCUGUUGAUAAUUCAAUGGAGGAGGGUAGUGCUGGGAAGAUAGUAGAAGAGAAGGUGGUCUUCGAAGAAGUAGUGAAGGAUCCUGACCCACCAGAGCAAGAUUUUGUAAAGGAUGGCAAAGAAGAAGGUAUCCAGUCAGGAAUGGAGGUAGAUAAAGCCUCAGGUUUGGGAGGAAUUCCCGAAUUUUGUUCCAUGAAUGUUGAUUGCAAACCUGUAGGGGGGCUGCGAAAAAUCAAUUCAAAAGUACUUUUUCUAGAUUCUGUAGAAAGUAUAAGUAUAGUUGUUGAUGCUCUUGGUUUUGCUGGGGGUAUCUGGCUGGUUUGGAAUAAUAGGGAUGUUAAAAUAUCCCUCAUAUCUAAACAUGAUCAGUUUAUUCAUGUUUGGGUUGAGUUCCCUGAUAUGGUUGGUGGGGGUCCUGUGGAUGGCAGUAGGUGCUGUCAGUUUGCAAGUGUGCUUAAUGAGUGUGGGGUUAUGGAUUUGGGUGGUGGAGGCAAUAGAUUCACUUGGAAGGGCCCAAAAUUUCUCCAUUUAGAGAGAGUCUAUAAAAGACUUGAUAGGGCAGUAGGGAAUGAGUCUUGGAGGGCUGCUUUUGAGGAGGCUGAUGUUCUUGUUUUGCCUAGGCUGUUCUCAGAUCACAGCCCAAUUCUGGUCAGAAUGGUGAGAGAGGAGGUUUGCUGGAGGGAAAGACCUUUUAGGUACUUAGUUGUUUGGCAGAAUGAUGUCAGAUUUCUUCCUUUCAUGAAAAAUAACUGGAUCCCUUCAGAUAGUUUGUUGGACAAUCUGAACUCUCUGGUUCCAAUGCUUAAGGAGUGGAAUAAAAAAGUUUUUGGCUUCACUGAAUUGAGAAAAAACAGAAUCAUAGCCAGAAUAGAGGGGAUACAAAGGAGGAUCAAAUCUGGCAACUGUUUGCAAUUAGAGAAGCUGGAGGCUGUUUUGAAUAAGGAGCUUUCUGAAAUCCUUGAUCAAGAGGAGCACAUUUGGUUCCAAAAGUCUAGGGGUGAGUGGAUUAGAGAGGGUGACAGGAACACGAAAUACUAUCACACUAGCACAAUUAUUCGAAGAAAAAGAAAUAAAAUUCUUAAGCUUCAGGAUGACAAAGGCAAUUGGGUGAUUGAAGAGGAAAAUUUAAUUAACCUUGCUAGGGAUUUUUUCCUAAAGUUGUUCAGGGAAGAUUCUAAAGAUGCUUGCUGGUUCCAAACAAACAAUUCUUGGCCAAGCUUAAAGAUGGACCAUAUUGAUAUGUUGGAAACUGAGUUAACCUUAGAGGAAGUGAAAAAGGCUUUUUUCCAAAUGCCUCCUUUAAAGGCUCCUGGGGUAGAUGGAUUUCCAGCUAUUUUUUAUCAAAGGAAUUGA